AUGAACAACAAUUCAACAACGUUGAAAGAAGUAAACAACGCUGGGACCUCAAAUAAUCAACCAAAAAUACGCGAGGAUUUAGUUAAUGCAGCCAAACAAUUUAUUAAUAAUCCUCGUGUGAGAAAUACUCCGAUUGGGGAACAAAAAGCUUUUUUAAUUAAAAAGGGAUUAACAGAGAUUGAAAUUAAUGAAGCGAUGAAGGGGCGAAGUGGAGAACAGCAAAUAAUUUCACCUUAUGGACAACCACCUCCAACGCUUGUCAAAAACAAUAGCGCAAUUUUAGAAUGGGCAAAGGCCAUAAUAAUAAUCGGCUCAACAAGUUUUAUUUUUUAUCGUUUUGUUCGUUCAUGGGUGCUUCCAAAAUUAUUGGGUAUUCCCAACCCUGAAGAUGAAAGAUUACAAAGAGUUGAACAACAAAUUGAAUCUAUUACAGAAACAAAUAAAGCUAUUGUAGAAAGUGUGAGACAAACAAUUGGAACAAUUUGUGAACAAAACGAACAAAUAAACAGAACUUUGUUGAUUAUUCAGAGCCAAACAAGAAAUAAUAAUGAAAAUAAAGUUUCUUCAACAGAUUCAAACCGUUUAAUCUCAGAAAUUGGAAUUAUCAAGUCUUUAUUGCUCAGCCAAAACCAAUUUCCACCGAUUCCAGAACAUUCACUAAUUGCUCCCAAAACAACAUUACCCAAACAAAAUGGAUUGGUGAAUAAUACAAAAAAAUUGAAGGAAAAUGGAGGAAAUUUAGAAAAUAAUGAAGAUGAACAAGAAGACGAAGAAUAUCAAGAUUUAGAUAAAAGUAGUGGUUCUCAAGUUUAA